AUGGACUCUACAAGAAGCUCGUCAGUUGGCAAUUCAAUCGGUGGAUCAAUACCCAGAUGUGGAUGCAACGAAUCAAUGAAGAUGUUUGUCUCAAACACACACGAAAACCCUCGGAGGAAGUUUUGGAGAUGCAAGAAUCGUGGAAAGAGUGAUGCAGCAUGCGAUUUGUUUCUUUGGGAUGAUGAAGUCGUGGAACACAACAUGAGAGAUGGGAAGAAAGAAGUUUUCAGAGGUGGAGAGUUGGUUAUCAAAAACAGUGAAUUCACACUUGAUCAAAUGAAAGCUUUUGGAUUACAGUUUGGGAAAGAGUUUGGAAAGGAGUUUUCCUAA